ACAAGUGAACAAAAACAUCAUAUAUCACACAUUUGUUAUAUGCAACAUAAACUCUUAUUAUUUUUUAAACUCUUCAAUUAUUCUACAAUUGAAUUAUGGCAAUCAUUGGAAAAACAUUGUUUAUGCUCUUUUUCUUAUCAUCAAUUUUCUCAACAGCCUCAUCAAGAAAAGGACCUUCCUCAAGCAACAUAGAUUGGUGGUGCAAUUUAACACCACAUCCAAAGCCAUGCAAACACUACACAACACAAAUGAACAAUCAUUUCAAAAUCAAACAUAGAGUUGAAUUCAGGGAAAUGCUUGUUCAAUUAGCCUUAAAACAAGCUCUUACCAUGCAAAAAGAAGCACAAGCAAAUUCUCAACAACAACAAAACUCAUUGGUGCAUAAAACGGUUCAUGGUGAUUGUUUGAAGCUAUUUGAAAACACAAUUUUUCAUCUCAACCGUACACUUGAAGGCUUAAACAAUGCUAGCAAAAAUUGUUCACCAAAUGAUGCACAAACAUGGCUAACAACUUCUCUCACAAAUAUUGAAACAUGUAAAAGUGGAGCUUUAGAACUCAAUGCUCAAGAUUUCGAUUUCAUUAUGCAAACCAAUGUCACUGAAAUGAUAAGGAACAUCUUAGCCAUCAAUAUGCAUUUCCUGAAACAUAGCAAAGAAACAGAAGAAGGGUCAUUUUCAAAUUGGUUUUCUGUGCAUGAAAGGAAGCUUUUGCAGUCUAAGUCUCCAGUAAAGUACAAUCUUGUGGUGGCAAAAGAUGGUUCUGGACAGUACAAGACUGUGCAAGCUGCUUUAAAUGCUGCUGCUAAGAGAAAAUAUAAGACAAGGUUUGUGAUACAUGUUAAGAAAGGUGUUUAUAGAGAGAACAUUGAGGUUGCUGUUCAUAAUGACAAUAUUAUGCUGGUUGGUGAUGGGAUGCAAAAUACCAUAAUAACAAGUUCUAGAAGUGUUCAAGGUGGUUAUACCACUUAUAGCUCUGCAACAGCAGGUAUUGAUGGACUUCACUUCAUUGCACGAGACAUAACCUUCCAAAAUACCGCCGGUCCACACAAGGGUCAAGCUGUGGCGCUAAGAUCAGCGUCCGAUCUCUCAGUUUUCUAUCGGUGUGCCAUAUCAGGUUAUCAAGACACUCUGAUGGCUCAUGCACAACGUCAAUUUUAUCGACAAUGCUUCAUCUAUGGCACCGUAGACUUCAUCUUUGGCAACGCCGCAGUGGUAUUCCAAAAUUGUAACAUUUUCGCAAGAAAGCCUUUAGAUGGCCAAGCAAACAUGAUCACUGCCCAAGGUCGAGGUGACCCAUUCCAAAACACUGGAAUUUCAUUCCACAAUUGUCAAAUUAGGGCUGCAUCAGAUCUAAAACCUGUUGUUGACAAGUACAAAACCUUCUUGGGCAGACCUUGGCAACAAUAUUCAAGAGUAAUGGUGAUGAAAACUUUUAUGGACACUUUAGUGAGCCCCCUAGGUUGGUCUCCAUGGGGUGACACUGAUUUUGCUCAAGACACAUUGUAUUAUGGAGAGUAUGAGAAUUAUGGACCUGGUUCAUCAACAGCAAAUAGGGUGAAAUGGCCUGGUUAUCAUGUGAUAUCAAACCCAAAGGAAGCAUCAAAGUUUACGGUUGCUGGACUCCUUGCUGGACCAACAUGGUUGGCUACAACUACUGUGCCAUUUACAUCUGGUCUUUGAUCAUUUGUAUUUUGGUAUAGCUAUAUCUCUUCAUUAAUUCAAUUAUUCUACAUAGUUAUUUGUAAUUAAAUUCAUUGUAAUUCUUAAAAGAAAAUGUGUCAAUAUUCUUUAAUUUGUAUAUUGAGAGAGAUAUAAUUAUUCAUAU